CCUACAGUGGGUAUGCGCCAUCGUAAAGGGAAAUCCAAUCCUGUCCAAUCUACGCGCCUUUGUUAGCGAGCAAACAAGAUUUCCUGAAAAAGAUGACCACAAUUACGCUGAGAAGCUUCUCGUCGGGGCGCAAGCCUUCAAAGAGGACGUACGACGUAGCGAGCAGGAGAGACGGAAAACGGUUCAAGAUAUGGCCAGAGGUUCAUAAGAAUUUCACGUCGCAGAAGCGUUCCGUCGCCCUGGAGGAUCUGUCGGCGUCUCCUUCACCGCACACCACCCCAUUGCUCGACUCUCCAGAGGCAAAAGACGUGGACCGCGGUUUUCGUCGCCGCUGGCAGCACUUGGAACGUGGUGACUUCGACGACGAGGACGAGCGCGUGUCCGAAGCCCACUGGGCUAUCGUGGCUGCCGUCGUGUCCUCCACGAGCAUCGUCAUUGCCUUCUUCGUGUUCGUCGCGCUUGCGUUCCAUGCUCGCGCCGACGUGGUCGCAGUCAGGCACCGCGCCAGCAGGCCGCAAGAAUUCGCCAGCCCUGUGCUCGCACAGCUCAUCGCCUAUGGCGAGAACGUCACUGUGCCUGCGGCACCUGCUAAAUCCUACAGGCCACAAAUGUCCUCUAAAUUGAUGGCCAUGGGGGAUGCAGAUGUGCAGUGUUCAGCAGAGGCAGUGACGACCAGGGCAGCAGCGGUAGCAGCAAUAAUCACGGGGUCUUCCGCACAAGCUGCGAGUUCAAAUGUUUCGCGAAAGGACUGCAACCCACCUGAAUGCGGUUGAAGUGACAUGGCAGGGCCCAGUAUAUUCGCAGAAAAUGUUUCUGUUGAAUACACUGGGUUGAAAACUUCUGUUGAAACCGUGCUACGUGAACCUUUGCUGGAGCUGUUGAACAAUCGGUUACCGCCAGCCUUGCCAUUCUUUUUAACAUUUGAAUAUUUCGUUGAUGGCUAGGCUCGUUCUUUCUGAUGUGCUCUUGUACCAUGCAUUGCAAAAAAUUAUUGGGGUUAAAUGUAUUUCGAGUAUACGUGGUUGACGUAUACGAAGAGGUUUGAAAUUUUUUAUAAUUCACAUCAUUCUAGAUUUAUUUUUCCGGUGUCAACACACAUUUGCACCAUUUUUUCAGUAAAUAUAUAUGGGAAUCCAAAUAAACCUAAUGUUGGGCCCAAGUAA